CGUAAAAAUAAGGCUUGAAGCUCAUCUAAGAAAGUCAGUGAAGUAGCCUCUUUUAGUGUCAAAACUCAGAGAGUCAUAGGCGAUCUGGGCCAAAAUAAAGACUGCAAGGAUAAGAAAGUAACCUCAAAGUUUGUUGGGAUGAAAGCAUCUUAUGAAGUUGGAAGAACACUCGAGUUGAAAUAGCCUAGCAAAGAAUACUCAAGAAGCUUGCCCAAAACACAACAAGAAAAUUGAAGUUUUUGUCAAGAACAUAACUCUUUAUUAUGUAUUUCGUGAAUCUUAAAUGAAGAUCAUAAAACUCAUAAUUUACUGAACAUUAAGAAAGCUUACAGCCAGCUAAUGAUAGAAUGAGCUCAGAAUAUCCAAAAGGUUAAGUCAAAGGUUGCUCCAAUCCAAGAUGCCAAAACAGUCAUCAAUAUGUCAAUAAAACAACUUUUGAGAGAAAAAGAAUUUCUUGCUCAAGAUCUUAGCAAAUCUUUUGAGAAAAUCAUUGACCAUACCAGAGAAAAACAGAAGAAAGCGCUGGAGAAUCUCACCCAAGAGUAUGAACAAUAUAAUAAUGAGUAUAUUGAUAAGAUUAACCAGCUCGAGAGUUCACUUUCUUCUGUAAAGAUAAUUAAGUCUAUCGAUCAGUCUUUGAAAGCCUACUCCGAAAUAGACUUUAUCAAGUGGUUUACGAGCAAACAUAACCCUGUGCAGAAGUUAGUUCAAACUUCAAAGAAUGUAGAUAUGACUGUUCCAACUUUCCAGCUUACUUUUGAUAAGCAGAAGGUGAUUUCUGAGUUGGUUAAUUUAUUUAAUCUGCCAGAAAGCGACAAGAAGAAACCAUACCCCAAUAAUUGCAGUAAUGGGAUCAAGAUAGGAAGAAAUUAUAGGACAUCAAACCCUCCCAGAAAUUUAAACAAAUGAUAUUCAGUCGCAGCUUUCUAUGAAAAUAAGUCUGGAAUGAAUCCUCAACUGUCUACUUUCGAUAGGACUCAGAAUCAAGGAAGCUUGAAAGCGAGUCCACCCAAAAAUUUAGUGGAGCCUCAAAAGAGUAUCUCCAAAGAGUCUAAAACAACUGAUAGCACAUUUAAGGUUCACAAGAAUUCAGAGCAAAGAACUCAUCGUGAAAAGAGCAAUAUUCUAUCCUUCUUGAAAAAGAACAACAAAAUGAAGAAAAGCAAGUUAAAGUGAGCAGCAAGGACCAAGAUUGACUUGAAAAGUUUAAAUUCUAAUAAGACAUCUACUAACACAAGUUACCUCAACAACUCAAUGAUUAGUCAGACUUCACCUUAUAAGAAGGAGAGGUGAGAGACCACAUAUGAUAAUUAUGUUACUGAGACUAAACAUAUGGAUGACACUUUGGAUAAGAACCUAAGCUAUGAUUUGAAGAGCAGAAGCCAAUCAAAUCUGAACGGCAAAGCCCAGCCGGUCAGUGACAGUCCUGAGAAAGUCAUUAACAGAGCUAUAAAUAUGAAUGACAUUAAAAAGAGCAAUCAAGAGUUGAUUAGAAAGAGCUUGCAAAAUUUUGAAUCCUCUUUCAGAGAUAUCCUUGGAGAUAAGCAUCCUCCCACUCAAAUGACAGAGAGAUCGGAAGAUAUUCGUAAAUCUCCUGAUAAUCUUAAGACAGGGGCAUUCAUUGGAAAAAGGUUUUCAGCUUCAUGUAUUGAUUACCAGACUAAACGAAACCAGAAAUAAAAUGCAGAAAACUCAGAAUUUGUUUCAAUAUAGAAGCCAAAAAGCUUCAAGAGAAAGAUGAGACAAUACUGAAAACGGCUUUAAAGCUGAUAGAGGACUAAAAGAAGUUAAUUCGAAUAAGAGAAAUAUUCAAAUUAAUUCAACUAAUGGAUAUAAGGUUAAAAUACCUCUAAAAUGUGAUAGCUAUAUGAAAGGAGUGGUCAGUAUUAGAGAGUCAAUGCAGACUUCAAACUCAUUUUUAUGACAGCAUAAGAAGUUGAACACAAGCAACAGAAAGACUUGGAAAAAUAAUGAGUAGAUCGAAAUAUUAUCGAUACUAAUUCCAACCAUGUAGUUUUUGUGAGAAAUUCUAAUUAUGAGUUUAGUCUGUGAGCUUAGAUGGCAUAUCGAUGAUUCGUGAAAUUUAACAACAUUAACUCGUCUUUUGGGUUUACUAACAUUCUUAUUCAAUCAUUCACCAUUUUAACGGAUUUCUGUUUCAUGUUGGGUCAUAGAGUCAAGAGUUAAAAUUCUGUUUGAUUUGUCAUGUCUACCUACUGAUUCUUAUAAUUUGACAAAAUUUUAGUGUCCUUUAAACUCUUUAAGGAGAAACUUCAAACUCAACUAUACCAAGCUCCCAAAAUCUUUUGUAUGCUCAGUCUAGAAUGAGGAGUAUUUAAAAUUGUCUUCAGAGUUAUGAGAAUUCUAAUUUUUAAAGAAGAACAUAGUCUUCAUGAAAUUUAUGAUAAAUUCUAUCUUAAGACAGUAUUUUAUUUAAAUCUAAUAUUUAAAUGUUAUCCUUUCACAAUCAUGCAUAAGCAUUAUUCAAAAAAAAUCACAGCAGAUUAGAUAUUAAAUGAGUUUUUUUGAGUUUGAAAUGUAACAAUUAGUGAUUAAAGAUGCCAGGCGUGCAAUAAAGUGAAGUAGUACUCCCACUUAUAGAAUGCACAGUUUUUUAAUUCAACUCAGCUUAAUUCACUUAUUUUGACUCUUUCUCGUAAUGGAGCUAAUGAUUUAAAUUAAAAUUCCUUUCAAGUAGUUACAUUAUCAAAUUUAGAAUUUAUACUUAGAUCCAAGCUACAAAUCUCAGUCGAAGAUCUCAAAUUUAUGUAUCAGUGCUAAUGUUCUUAGAUCUGAUAUUCUUUGCAACUAGAAAUAAAAUAGAAAGGACUGAAGUACAGAAAAACACAAUGAAAAGCUCAAGAGCUAAUAAUUAAUUGAAGAUUUGGUUGGCAAUUAGCUUUAAUAAAGCCAAUAUGACCAACGUGAAAUUUAUUUAGCAUAACUCAGUUAACAAAUUAACAGUUUGACCAUGGCUAAAUUUUCCAGAACAGUAGCUGAA